AUGGCUCGAUACAUUUUAAUAGCAUUUCUGGUGGGGUUUCUGAUCGAGUGGGUUUGGUCAGCAGGAAUAGCGGUUCAUAUUGCACUGACUCAGCGAGUUCUUCCUUUGAUACCAGAGGACGCUAGGGAUCCAGGAUGGCUAAAUGCUGGUUCCUUUCAUCCAGACGCGUUCUAUAACUGUCUGGGGAACUCGCUAGCAGCCGAGGAGUCGCAUUGGCCACCUUUUCUGGCGAAAGCCGUCAACCAUUACAAAAGACGUUACUCUGGAAGCUACGAUUCGGAGCACGCCAUGCGGCUCAAAGCUUUCAUAUAUGCAAUAUUUCAGCACCAGAUUGCUGAUGUGAAUUGGCACUCCCUCCAGUCAUAUCAGGGGCUUUUGAAGUACCUGGCUGAGGUUGAAUUCGGCGGAGAUAUCGACCGGGCCCAUGGUUUUCUAGACUCAGGUGGAGACCUGCUGAUGCUCAACAAACAAUUCAUGAACCUGGAUGCGGAUCUACAAAAUUAUUUGACACAGUUAUACAACUCGCCUUGGGACUAUCCCGAAGAUGAUCUUGUCGAAAUCUACAGGUCGAUGGGGUAUACCAUUCACAGAACUGCAUUGCAAUAUUGUAUGAUGAGAGGUUUUGCUGGUCUACAGGCCGAAAUUCUAGCAGUUCAAGACGGUUCAGUGUUUCCGGCAACAGCUGCAUCGAUUUACAUGAGACAAUCACCCUUGCUGGAUUCUAUUUUGGAUGAGUAUUACUAUGGUGGUCUAGAUGAGGUAGUUAACACAAUUGGGGUCUGUUUUAAGGGCCUUGACAAAUGGUUUCGUACAGGAGCAAACGAAGCCGAGCCGUGGUCUGUGUGUUCAUCAUUCAGGAAACAUGCAGUAAAUGAGAUCGCAAAUGAGGUUGAAGCUGAAACUUCUUUUGAUGUCGAUUCUCCCUCUCUCCAAAAAGUGAUAGGAACACCUUCUCACAUGGUAGAAUAUGUUGCAGGUUCUGGAGGAACGCUUCUCUCAUCUAUGGUCAGGAAUGCCCACUUCGGUAGCUCUGUUGCUUUGGGAAAUUUCCUAGGGGAUGAUAUAGGAGAGUGCCUGGCUAUUGGGGCUCCAUUUGAGGACUCACUUGGAUCAGUUUACGUUAUUCCCCUCAGCGAAAUCCACACCAAUUCACUUUUCCCCCGGAUCACAGACACCACUUCCAGAAACAACAAUGUGACAUAUCCACCGCGAUUUGGAAACGAUAUCGUGAAGUACACACUGGACGGCACUGAUUACUUGGCCAUCUCUGAGCCAGGUGGGUCGCAAAUUCACCUCUUUCUUGGGAACGAGGAAAAGCUCGUGGUUUAUCUAAGAUCAUCAAAGGAUAGACUGGGAAGCCACGGAACCAAGCAAGUUGGGCUGAGAAUCGGUGUCUUUGAUGUAGAUAAUGACGGAAUUCCAGAUCUAGUUCUCAGUUCUCCUUAUACGGAUGUGAACGGAGCUUAUCAGCGUGGCCAUAUCUCAGUCCUCAGUGGCCGGCUAAUCUCCAAAUACAUGCUACUUCGUUCAAGUAAGCAAUCGAUAAGAAUGGAAGCAUUAGAGAUCAAGGCAUUUGAUUUGGCUAGGGAUCUCAGACAAGAGAAUGAGUAUGAACAGUUUGGAACCAGCUUUUCGUCCAGCAAGGACCAAUUUUUGGUGGGAAUAGGUGCUAUUGGAUCAGUCGCAGUUUUGGACUCGAAUACUGGCAAAACAAUCAGUAUUUUGAAGGAUAAAGAAGUUCUAAAACCCUACGACAUUAAAAGAAGUCCGUCAAAGGACUCAAGCCAGUGUGCCUCGAGUUUUGUACUCACAACAACUUUCAGAGGAAAGGAACUUACUUUUGUCUCUUGCCAUUCGAAAUCUCUGGAGUUUUGCAUCAACUGUGGUGUUGUCAACAUGUUCGAGAGAGAGGGUCCGUCAAAAUGGUCAUUCAAAAUGUCUAUCCAACUUCCGGAUAGAACAAGCCUGGCUUAUACGUUGUUUGGCUCGAACGCUGUCCUUUCCAACGGGAACAUCUUCAUCUCCUCGGAAUACUACGCUUCCAGGGGAGCAAUCUGGAAGCUGUCAGUGGAAACACUCUAUUACCACGACUCCCAGGUCUAUGAAGUGGAGGAACCACCUGUGGUACUUGGGCCAAUCGGUGUUGGAUACACUGGUUUUGGCAAAUCUCUCUCUGUGUCAGCUGAUACCUUAUAUGUUGGAUUACCCUUUUAUGGUUACAGCACCUUUUCCUCGGAGAGUGUUGUGGGCAAGGUUGCCAUUUAUGAGUUAUCAUGA